AUGACUUCUUCUUUGCCAAGUUUUUCUUCCGUACAACUUCCUUCCUCAAUAAAGCUUCAAUUUCCAAUCUCCAACAUUGCCCAAGCAGUGCGACAAGUGUGGUGGGCCUUUCCGUUGCUAUUGGCGGCAAUUCCAUUGUACUGUGUGGCCCAAGGCACAUGUCCGUCCAUGCCACACUGGUGGCCCGUGGUGUCGAUUCAAGACAUUGGAGCUGCCAGUAGUAGUAGUACUCCUUCUCUCUAUCGAUGGGUGGUCAGUGGCUUUUUAUCCAGCAAUGUUUGGUACUUUUUGUCGGGAGGAUGGUUGUUGUCCUUCAGCAGGAGCAGUGGUAGUCAGGUUGGAAAGUUUCGACCAUUGGGAGCGUGGAUGUUGACGGCGGGUCUCAUGAGCUCGAUCUACCAUUCGGUACAGGCAAUAAUUGGCGUGAAUGCAGUCACAGAGACCCUAGCGUAUGUGGAUCAUGGAAUAGCACUGGCCGCCGGUUGCUUUUACAUGGAUACCUGUGGCUUGCCUUCCAAAAGGGUUUGGGCCAUUGGUCUCUCUGGUAUUGCAUGUUUGGCAACGCCCAACACUCCGCAAGCCUAUGCUAUACUUCACUCCAUUUGGCACUUUUUAUCAGCGGCAGCUGCCACCUUGUGGGCCAUCGAGGGACAUGCUGGAAAAAUCAACAAACAAAACGAAGUACGAUUGGAACGAAUUAUGAGACUAGUACAUUUGUAA